GACGUGUCCGACUGCUGGCUGUGCUCCGCUCCUGUGGCAGCGUGCAGUGGACUGCCCGUCGGCCUCAGCUCCACAAAGAGGACGGACACGCUCUUCUGCCUUCACCACCGAAAGUAGUUGUGGUUGUACCUGCUGUACAGUCAGAGGUGGAAGAGUCCAUAUUUAGUCUCUUAUCUUACUUGUACCUGAGCAGCUUUGGAAGCAACUUGCUCCAAACGACAGGGCAUGCACGUUAACGACCACGACACCUGCGUCGGAAAAAUCAAAAAUACGGGGGGAAAUAAAGAUAACAUUGUGUCAGGAUGGACGGCUUCAGUGUUGCCCGUCUUUCGUCGAACCGUCGGCCGUCUGUGGAGGGAGCUUCACCCGAUGAAAACACUCCAUCUGGGAAAGCUGCGAUCCAGGUGCCCGUGAAAAAACAAGCCGUGAAGAGACACCACCACAAACACAACCUGAAGCACAGGUAUGAGUUUCUGGAGACCCUCGGGAAAGGAACCUAUGGCAAAGUGAAGAAAGCCAAGGAAAGAUCCGGUAGACUGGUUGCCAUAAAGUCAAUCAGAAAGGAGAAGAUCAAAGAUGAGCAAGACCUGAUUCAUAUUCGCAGAGAAAUUGAGAUCAUGUCCACACUUUGCCACCCCCACAUCAUCACCAUAUAUGAAGUAUUUGAAAACAAGGACAAAAUUGUGAUUGUGAUGGAAUAUGCCAGCCAAGGGGACCUGUAUGACUACAUCUGUGACAAGAGGAACAUCUCUGAACGGGAAGCCAGGCACUUCUUCAGACAAAUUGUAUCAGCUGUGCACUACUGCCAUCAGAAUGGUAUAGUACACCGGGACCUGAAACUGGAGAAUAUUUUACUAGAUGGCAAUGGCAAUGUGAAGAUUGCAGACUUCGGCCUGUCGAAUCUCUACCACGGUGAUGAGUAUCUUCAAACCUUUUGCGGGAGCCCCCUGUAUGCCUCGCCAGAGAUUGUCAAUGGAAGGCCAUACCAUGGGCCAGAGGUAGACACCUGGUCUCUUGGCGUGCUGUUAUACACAAUGGUUCAUGGCACCAUGCCAUUUGAUGGACACAACCACAAGACACUUGUCCAACAGAUAAGCACUGGAAACUACCGAAAACCCAACAAUCCUUCUGAUGCAUGUGGGCUUAUCCGUUGGAUGCUGAUGGUAAAUCCUGAGCGCAGAGCCACAAUAGAGGAGAUUGCGGGACAUUGGUGGCUCAACUGGGGCUACCAGCAGCCAUUACUGGCUGAGACAAAGAGUAGUCCAGCAGAGCAGACCGUUUCAUCAGCCUCUCCAUUGACAACACACCCUGCGGGGCUGGCAAGUGUUGCCAGCUGGCUGCGCCGCACAUCCAGGCCUUUACUGGAGAAUGGCUCCAAGAUGCGCUGCCUGCUCCGCUCACAGGGCGGUGGAGGGGAUGUCAUUCGGCAGCGCUCCCUGCGAAGGUCACGAAAGGAGAACAAUGUCUCCCAGAAUGUUCAUGAGGGAAACACAGACAGUCGCCCCUCAAAAGGUAUUUUAAAGAGACGCAACAGUGUGAAGCAGAAGGCAACAAGUGAAUCCUCUGCCGUAGGUUCAGUGGAGCCACACAUUUUGGGUUUGUCUGCUCCAGCCAAUGUCCCUUCAGUGGCAUUGCUGCCUCGCAAAGGUAUCUUAAAGAAGCCCACAGAACAAGAGUCAGGGUACUACUCUUCCUCUCCUGAGAACAGUGACUCUGGCUGGGCACCACAAACUAAAGAGUGCCCUUCAGCACCAACCUAUAGGAAAGGUAUUUUGAAGCGCAAUGGAAAGUUCUCCACUGGCAGACUGCAGGAGUUUGGCUCUCUAGACCAGCUGGCAGCCUCUUUACCCUGUGGGGGCACCAGGUCAAGACCAAGUGGGGCCAUUAGCGAGGACAGCAUUCUGUCCUCAGAGUCCUUCGACCAGCUUGAUCUACCAGACCGAGUAGGACCUCCAGCACAAAUGGAUAAGUCAGCCAAGGCCAGAAUGAGAGGAUGUGUGUCUGCUGACAACUUGCUGGACAUCCAGGAAGAUGGGAUUCUUGGGGACGGGUCGCUGAGGCCCUGGAACUGCUACAAGUCCGGAGUGGCUGACAGUGCUUUUUCCAUCACAGACUGUGAUAAUGUAACAGAGGCUUACAAACAGGCCAUGGUUUUACGAGGCUCUGCAGCAAGCUAAAGACCAGUAAUUAGUUAAAGACUCUGGCUAAAGGCUUGUUUCUCUUGCAGAAUUUUUAAAUGACUGUAAACUACUGAAGACACGAUAGCCACGAUGUGGAAUUACCAGCACAUGUUGACGCUGAUCAUUUCAGCUAACUUCAGGAAUAGCACAGUACCAAAAAGGGAGGAGGCUUCUUGAUAAAUAUCUGAUUGUGUUUGAGAUGGUGCUUGAUAAAUGUUGCUUGUGAGUUUGAAUAGAUUGUAAAGUGGAUUUGAGGGCUAAAAGUAACCAGAUGGCACAGUAUUUUACAAAAAUGACUACAGUUGAAAAUGUCCAUUUCAGAGAUUCUCAGGAGGAAGACGAGUGCUGCUGUUGGUCAGUCAGGUCAAUUAAAAGUGUGAAUAUUGCAAAAAGUCACCCUGAAACCAAAACACUGGUCUUCAAUGUCAAAAACUACAUUUGUAGAGCAUAUUGCUCAGUGACAAUAUAUUAGGAAACUGACAUUUUACCGAGUCACUGUAUUGUUUAAAUAUUGCAUAAGCCCCAAAGCAUCUACAUCUUUUAUUGUCACCAAUGCAGUUUGGAAAAAUGUUUAUGACUUACUGGUCCCUCGCUCUUCUCGUGUUGUGACAGCCUUAUCUGUAUCUGUCCUUAUAUAUAUCUUAUCUGUGAUAGCAGCAAUAACUUAAAAGUUCAAUAUUAGCAUGGUUUCACUUUUACAAUAAAACUACAUACUAUAAUCUUCACUCUUCAGGAUGUGGGAGAAACAUUUCAUGGAUACCAAAGAGCAAAUUUUUGCUAAUAUUGUUGGGCUUCUUUUUCUUAUUUUAAGGCACUAGCAAAAAAGUGGAUUGCGUGUUUGUAACAGGGAUUUUUUUUAAUUGUUUUUUUUUUUUUUUCUUAAAAUGACGUUUGGAUAAUUACUUGAAUGAUAAUCGUGACACACAUCAACCCAAACCAGUAGAACCUGCUUUGGCUUCCAAGGCUACAAUGAUACAUGUGCGCAGGUGGCAGUUUGACAUGAAGGUGGAGCUUGAAAGGCACUUUAUAGGUCUUUGAACGUCACAAACUGAAAUUUGAAAACCAAUAGUGUGUUUGAAAGUGAGCUUUGAACCCCAGCUAACUACUUUAUAACUACUGUGUAUAAUGUGGGACGUGCUUAAUGUGUAACCUUUCAACUGGAUUUUCAACAUCAGUCAUGGACCUCAGGUGCACUGAACUUUAAAAUUUUAUUUAAAAUAUCGUGACACCUGGGGUGGAACAGUGGUUCACAAUGUUGGAUCAGAAGUUUAGCCAUCUGUUAAAAUGCUGCAUUUUGGUGACUCAAACAAAACUUACUAGGUUUAAAUCAUGAAUCACUGAUUAAGUUUCACAAGAUAUUUCAUACAAUGUUUUACAGUUUUCUGGUUGGCUUACUAAUUCUGCUUUAUGAAAUACCUCCUGUUGUUUACAGGUACAUCGAUCAAUAUGUUGUGUUUGUUUGAGUAUGAAAUUUCAUGCUGCACACUUGAGUUACUUAAUUGGACUGGCAUGUCUGGCGUUAAAUUACAGCAACAGUCGGUGCACUUUAUUGGGCCACUGAAACUUGAUAACAAUAAAAAUUAUCAGCUUUCAUGCAGGUAUUUAGUUCAUGUAACAGAAGUUGCGUAACGCAGUGUCUGCAAUCAUGCUGUUGUUCAGAAACUGGAAUGUGUAAUCUAGAUUUUUUUCAGUUAUUUAUGAUUAUGGUUUUUACCACACUAUGAGGCUGAUGGGGAAUAGAAAGACUGCAUGUAUGCUGUUGUCACCUGUAAUCUGUCCCUUGUGAAGUGAUGGGGGAAAAAAAUGCUGUUAGCCAUCAGGAAGACGGACCAAAAAUGCAAUUUGGUUCAUUUUUUUUGUACAACACUGUGCAUUUGGGCACUUCAUUGCUGUUUUUCUUUCUAUGCAGCCUCUAUUAAUAUUUUUUAACAGAAAUGGAAACAAAAACAUGUUUGCCAAAGUUUCUGGCUUAUCGUUUAUAUGACUGUGAUCUGCCAUGUGACCGGGAUAAGGAGAUCAUUAAAAAAAGACAAAAAACAG